CCCAUUUCCGUCUCCGCCCCUGAGAGCCUGCCCAACCGUCUGUCAUGGCGCCCGGACUGUUAGGUUUGUACGCUCGCCGCCUUUUGGCAGCAGCGGCGACGCGAGGGCGCCUGGCUGCCCCGGCUCGCUGGGAAUCCAGCUCUGCUAGGGCUGUCAUCGCUCCGUCCGCUGCGGUGGGAAAGCGGGCGCCGGAACCGACAGUGCACUGGCAGGAGGACCCAGAACCCGAGGACGAAAACCUCUAUGAGAAGAACCCCGACUCUCAUGGCUACGACAAGGACCCUGUUGUGGAUGCCUGGAACAUGCGGGCCGUCUUCUUCUUUGGCUUCUCCAUCGUCUUGGUCUUUGGCACCACCUUUGUGGCUUAUCUGCCUGACUACAGGAUGCAUGAGUGGGCCCGCCGGGAAGCUGAAAAGCUUGUAAAAUACCGAGAGGCCCAUGGUCUUCCCAUCAUGGAAUCCAACCGUUUUGACCCCAGCAAGAUCCAGCUGCCAGAUGAGGACUGAUUGGAUCUUCUCUACCCCCUGUCUGCCACUCUGUCCUCUCCACUGAGCACUGUAUUAAAGGGACUGAAAAAUA